CUGGAAAUGCUCUUUCAGCUCUUCGUUACGUUUUGGACAGACUGCCCUAGUGAUGGAGACCUCGAUGCUACUGCGAUUGCACGCUUUUCUGGGGUGCUAGGUAUCCGUCCUUCGGAGCAUGCAUUUCGAACGGGGUACGACUACACACCUUACCUAUCAGCCCUGAUCUGGGUAGGGCGGUUGGUACUACUGGAAUACGCAAUGCCACUUCGGGGUUACAGUAGUCUCCCUGUCCCAUGGCCGAGCCGUGAAGCAUAUCCUGAUAUUAGUGGACGGCUUUGUACCCAGAUUCGUCCAAAAUAUUUACAACGCGGAAGCCUAUCGCCGCUGGGGUAUCUCAUCGAAAGACUCCAGCACGGUAGAGCGAUCGCGAAGCGCGAAGGACCACGGACGAACAUCUCGUGGUCACCGGAUGGCCAGACCUUGAGCAUCGGCCAAGCAGACAUUACGAUACCGCAGUUUCGACUUGCUCUCCAUGGUGUGAUCACUAGAGUCCAACAGCAGCUUGAAGAUCUGCUGUUAGGUUGGUGGCCUGAUGUCCAACUCCAAGACAUCCAUGAUGACAUGUCUAACAGGCGUCCCGGGUACUCUUUUGUGUCCGAACCAAUGAACAAUUUACAAUCAAGCUUCCGAGUGCUGAGCAGACGUGCUUUCUCGACACAA